AUGGGAGAAGGAGAAAAUUGUCAGUUGGGGACUCUCGGUGCGUUGAGUCUAUCGGUGGUUUCAUCGGUGUCGAUUGUCAUCUGUAACAAGGCGUUGAUGAGUUCACUGCAAUUUAUUUUCGCUACAACUUUGACAAGUUGGCAUCUUCUUGUUACAUUUUGUUCUCUACACGUGGCACUAAAAAUGAGACUUUUUGAGCACAAGCCGUUUGAUCAAAAAGCUGUGAUGGGAUUUGGAAUUCUCAAUGGAACUUCAAUUGGACUUUUGAAUUUGAGCUUAGGUUUCAAUUCUGUUGGCUUUUAUCAGAUGACAAAGCUAGCAAUAAUUCCAUGUACUAUUCUGCUGGAGAUCAUUUUCCUUGGCAAGAAAUUCAGUAGAAGAAUACAAUUUUCCCUUGUAAUUCUUCUUUUCGGCGUUGGAAUUGCAACCGUUACCGAUUUGCAACUCAAUGCACUGGGCUCUUUCUUAUCUCUUCUAGCAGUGAUAACAACUUGCGUUGCUCAAAUUAUGACAAAUACGAUCCAGAAAAAGUUUAAAGUUUCUUCUACUCAACUUUUAUAUCAAACAUGUCCGUAUCAAGCAGCAACCUUGUUGAUAAUCGGGCCAUAUAUGGAUAAAGUUCUCACUGACCUAAAUGUUUUUUAUUUCAAGUACACUACACAAGUGACGUUUGUCAUUGUUCUUUCAUGCCUUAUCUCAAUCUCAGUAAACUUUAGUACAUUUCUUGUAAUCGGAAAGACAUCUCCGGUCACUUACCAGGUUCUUGGACAUCUUAAGACAUGUCUUGUAUUAGCUUUUGGCUACGUUAUUGUUCGUGACCCUUUUAGUUGGAGGAACAUAUUGGGAAUUAUGGUGGCCAUGGUUGGGAUGCUUUUAUAUUCCUACUCUAGCAUUCUUGAGAAUCAACAAAAAGCAGUUGAAAUGACAUUACAAGCACCACAGGCAAGAGAAGGUGAAUUGGAUCCUCUCAUUAAUGUGGAAAAUGGAGCUACAAUAUUGAACAAAAGGCCCCUUAUUUGGAACAAAGAAAAAGACUAG